UGAUCCGCUGAUCCGCUGCUGCCUCACUGGCGAGUCGCGGAGCAGGAAACAUCCAUGGCUGCGGAGAUCCACUCCAGGCCGCAGACCGCCAGGCCGGUGCUCCUCAACAAGAUCGAGGGGCACUCCGACACCGUCAACGCCGCGGUCCUGAUCCCCAAGGAGGAUGGCGUGAUCACGGUCAGCGAGGACAGGACCAUCCGGGUGUGGCUGAAGCGGGACAGCGGCCAGUACUGGCCCAGCAUCUACCAUGCAGUCUCCUCACCAUGCUCCUGCAUGUCCUAUCAUCACGACAGCAGGCGGAUCUUCAUCGGCCAGGACAACGGAGCUGUCGUGGAGUUUCUCAUCUCGGAAGAUUUCAACAAGAUGAACCACGUCAAAACGUAUCCAGCUCACCAGAACCGCGUGUCCGACAUGGUGUUCUCCCUGGAGAGCGAGUGGGUGAUCAGCACCGGCCACGACAAGAGCGUGAGCUGGAUGUGCACCCAGAGCGGCAGCAUGCUGGGGAGACACUACUUCACCGCCUGGGCCUCCUGCCUACAAUACGAUCAUGAGACGCAGCACACUUUCGUGGGCGAUUAUUCCGGACAGAUCACUCUGCUGAAGCUGGAGAAGCAGACGUAUUCCACCAUCACCACGCUAAAGGGCCAUGAAGGUCACAUAGCCGCCCUGUGGUGGGACCCCGUCCAAAGGCUGCUCUUCUCAGGGGCCUCGGACCACAGCGUCAUCAUGUGGGACAUCGGGGGCCGCAAAGGCCGAACGCUGCUGCUACAAGGACACCAUGAGCGAGUUCAGGCCCUGCGUUACCUGCAGCUGACGAGGCAGCUGAUGUCCUGCUCAGCCGACGGGGGCAUCGCCGUGUGGAACAUGGACGCACAGAGAGAAGAGGCUCCCCAGUGGUUAGGCAGCGACUCUUGUCAGAAGUGCGAGCAGCCUUUCUUUUGGAAUAUCAAGCAGAUGUGGGACACCAAGACCUUGGGACUCAGACAGCACCACUGCAGGAAGUGCGGCAAAGCCGUGUGUGGGAAAUGCAGUUCUAAACGCUCCACCUUCCCCAUCAUGGGCUUCGAGUUCCCGGUGCGCGUGUGCGACACCUGCUUCGACACCAUCAAGGAGGAAGACCGAACACCGUUGGCCACGUUCCACGAGGGGAAACACAACAUCGCCCACAUGGACAUGGACCCAUCCAGAGGCCUGAUGGUCACUUGUGGAAGCGACCGUAUUGUUAAGAUCUGGGAUAUGACACAGGUGGUGGGCUGUAGCUUAGCAACAGGCUUCUCCCCUCGCUGAUUGGCCCAGCCCACUACAUGGUACCCUGUUAAGCUCAAGCCCACCCACCCCCACUCUCCCAGUGUCAUGGAAACCCCUCUGUACAGUGUACACCCCCCCUCCAUCACGCCUGGGAUCUGCAGCUCUUGGUGUGUGUGUGUGCGUGUGUGUGCGUGGGGGUGUGUGUGACCCCUCUGCACUUCUUCUGCUUCUACAACAGAUUUCACUAAUUGACAGUUUUACAAAGUGGGUUGGACUGUUUUUUUUUUUUUGUUUUUUUUUGCUGCUUUGAUUUCAAACUGAACCCUAAGCACAAAGGAGGGGAUGUGUGUACAUGUGAGCACGUGUUGUCAUGUUUUCUUUCCCCGAGAGGAAUGGUAUUGAUAUUAGUGUUUACAUUCAAUACAACGGAUGCUUCUCAUGACACAUUUUUUUAUUGCCCCUGCACUGUAAAGUUAGGCACCUGUCCUGUAACAUAUUGUGCUGUUGAGCUUAACUGUCUGACACACUAACAUGCUACCUAGCCGAUGUUUAAGACCUGAAAAAAGCAACCUAAUCCCCUGUAUAUGCUUCAUCUGUACAGUAGAUGCUUGUACCGACUUUAAUUUCUUCUUCUUCUCUUUCACUAGUUGGCCUUAACUCACUCUCUCAGGAGGUUUUCCAUCAGUAGGUAGUUGUCACCCGGUGAGCUCUGAUGAAGCCGGUCCUAAUUGUUUGUGGGGUGUAGUCACUGAAAUGUGCUGAGAGGAUAACUGAAGCAGCCUCCUCCUCGUCGGGGGGGUGGGGGGGGGGGGUGGAGAAACACUCGUUCAUGCGGCCGUAGAGGUUUGGGGUUUCCGUGGCAGCAUUGAUCCUGCUUCCACGUCACGACCCCAGGUGAAGCCAGGGACUUUUCCAGUGCGUUGCCAAGACAACAUGCACGUACUUGCCCCACCGCCGAAAAAGUUAGAUUUCACUCUAAUAAAAAUGUAUUUAUUUUUUGUGUGUAAAAUUGGUUUUCCAUGCCGUCCGAGCGGGCCGCGAGGUGCUGCACAGCUGUGGACUAAAUGUAGCGCUGACUGCAGGGACGGUGGAUGCUUUGGUCACAUCAGGGCUCCCUGUGCUCUCUGAAAAGCCUUAAACACGGGACACACGAUCACAGAGCCUUUCUAGUGUUUGCCAGUGCUCACAAGUGUUCGUUCUGCACGUCUCCUCUGCAGCCUCCUGCACACAGGCCUCGUUCUGUUCCCCCGUGUUUUGUUUCCGUCUUCAAACACACACACACGUGCUUCAAGGAUGUCAUAACACUCGAAGCACUGCACUGUAUUGUACAAAUGUUUUUUGUAAAUUCAGAUUUGGGAAAGAUAAAUGCUGGAGUCCACGUAGCAUUCCUGUAAAUAGCAGCUAAAAUCCUCUGUUAGACUAAUGCUUGCCUUACUGUAAGUGGAAGAAAAAUGAGCGUUAUAUCGUUGGAUUUCUUGACUUCAAAAUGUCACAUUCCAAGUUUUUGAUCAUGUGGUGUUUAUUUAUGUUUGUAGUAAAAUAUUUAUCUGUUAUCACCGUAUCCCGUUGUUUUACCUUUCUGUACCCGUCUAGUUGGCUUGCUUUCUCUGUAACGACAGACUCCAUGCUCCGCUCUUUUCUGAUGCACGUGCAAACGGCUGAUGGUGGACGGCGAUGAACCGUGGCAGCAGAAACGUAAUCCAUGACACAGAUGUCAGGUCCAUGUUUCUCUCCUGAGAGUUAACACCGGUUGUUUCAGUCACCAUCAUUUGUUAUUGUUCAUUAUUAUUCAAGUGGAGCAGUGAUUCCAUUUGUCUGCAUUUUUUUUUUUCUUAAAGUGGAAAAUGAAGCUCCUAAAAAAAAAAAAAAAAAAAAAAAAAAAAAAAAAAAAUCCGAGAUCACCAAGCAGAUCGUUAGAUGGUUUCAUUGUGCCUGUCGUGAGCAGCUGAACAGGUUAAAGAUGACCUGACAGCUGCUGAAGAUGUCAUGGUGAAUGUGUAAUGUGUAUCUAAACGAAAACCAGUAAAAUUGUGCAAAAUGUUUUGAAGCUGCGUGAAUUCAACCCGUCCUUUUUUUUCUUUUUCUGUCAUUCCAGAUUAGAAUGUAAAUAAUCCUGACAUUGUCUUGUAAGGCUGCCGUUGUAAAUGUGCAUAAAACCAGCACAACAGGAGAGAGAUAUCUAGUUUAUAGUUGGUGUGGGCUUGAAGAUGCUUUAUGACUGAACACAGUGUUCAUGAAUGCAGUUUUGACUAACGUGGUUUCUAGAAUUUCCCCAUUUCAGCACUUGAGCUGAGCGAUAAGCAUCCAGUCAGUCCCACGCCGAGUAUAAAACCCAUCAUAAAUGCUCAUCGGCCGUCUCCGAGUUCAUUGGCGAUGCUGCCGUUCAGCCAGGAGACGCAGUCUCUUCCAGCUAACUGGACAGCAAAGCCUCGUCCGGUCAUUAUCUCUGAUCACGUCCGUGCAGUCGUUCAUCAGAUGUACAAAUGUUAAAGACGUGAUUAAUGGGAGGAUUUUCUGCUUGCAGAAACUGCCUCUCUGAUGGAUUUUUCAGAUUGCCUGCACAUCCCAGGAAGGAAGCGGAGGAUUUUUUUUCCAUGUGUUCAGUGCUUUAUUUCCUUUUCUUGGGCAUGAUGUAGUCACACGGCCCCUUAUGUUUGGUCCAGCGCGAGAGUUCAUGGCAGGCAUCUCGUUGAGGUCAUUUCAGCUUUGAAAAGAUGGUUCAUUUCCCACAACACCAGGAUUUGUGCUCUCAUUAUCUGUUAACAUGAACUGCUUGUAAAAGAACAGGAUGUAUGGCUGCCAAUAACUAUUUUUUAAGUACUUUUGUUGACAAAACAGGACUGAUUUAGUCCUCCCUGGGUCCUGAAACCAGGGCACAGAGAGGGAAACUUCCAGUGCUUAAUAAAGAUAUUUGAUACGUUA